AUGUUCCAAAAUAUCCAAAACUACGCCGGCUCACUUGCUCAAACGGGCCAAGCCCUCGCCAACAGCGCACAAGCGUUAGCCCAAGAGGUGCAGAUAGUGCAGAAUAUGGGGAUGGUGUCAACGCCGUUCCCCGGCAACAGUCUUCAGGGAUUCCAGCCGUCGCCGCUCUCCGGCGACGGCAUGAUAGGCAGUGCAGUGCCUAUGCCCUAUAGUGAUUCCCAAAUCAGCCAAUUUGGGUUCAAUUCUCAGGGUAUGCCGGUGAGGAUCCCGACCGAAAUGCAGCAGCAAUACGCGCAACAACAGUCCCAACAGCGGGUCCAAAAUGCCGAUGGUAGCUACACCGUCUUUACCACAACUAGGCAACGCGGCCAACGAGCCGGGCAAGGGCAAGGACAAGGACAGAAUGGGGAAGCAAAUCGGAAUCCGCGGGAACAAACCCGAACUAAUGUGGGCGAGCAGCAAAGACGUGCGAAAUCCGUGCCUAGAAAAAUCGAAAAAGACCCAUUCGAGGGGCUUGAAGGAGGAUUGUAUUCAAAAGGAGAAGUUGCUAGGAAUCGGAACUAUCUCGAGGAUGAAGAAGAAGAUCAAGUCCCUGCGGCAGGUUACAGUGGUCAUAUACCAGCCUACAAACGCAUCAGUGUCGGCAAAAAUUUCCACACCGCCGCCCUCGAGGCCAAAAAGGAAUACAUCAAGCAGAGAUAUGGCGAGAAAGAUCUUGGUGACAGCGUGCAAGCUGUCCGGGGAGGCGUCCAAUUUGACGAGAGCAGCCCUGAUUGGCUUAAUCCACAGCUACAAAACAUGGCCAUCUCUGGGCAGCAGAAUUUGCAAUCGAACGCUCAGAAUCUUGGGCACAACGUCCAUCAAUACGCAAAUGAAUACGCGCAACAAGGACAAAACUACAUCCAGCAAGGCCAAAACUACGUCCACCAGCUGGGCCAGGGCAUGCAACCGAGUCGCUCGAUGAACAACGUCCAGCAGUAUGCUAAUUACAACCCCCAGAACUAUCAACAUAACGUCCAAAAUCUUCCAUAC